UCAGGCUCUGUUCGCACGGGAAGAUUCGCUUGGCAGGUGAACUACUCCCUUUCUUAAUCACAAAUUAUAACCACCUUUAUCUGGUGAAGAGUGAUUCAGCGGUUAACCACCAAAACGGAGACCACAGAGGAAGACGAAAAACGACCUUCUCUUACUUCUGCAAUCAUGAUGUCAAUGAAUAGCAAACAACCUUUUAGCAUGCAUCCGAUGUUACACGAGCCGAAGUACACGUCGCUUCACUCCAGUUCGGAGGCCAUCAGACGGGCAUGUUUACCAACACCCUCGUUGCAGGGAAACAUUUUCGCCGGCUUCGAUGAAACUUUGCUCCAGAGGGCAGAGGCGUUGGCGGCGGUGGACAUGGCCCAAAAAAGCCAUCCGUUCAAGCCGGACGCAACCUACCACACCAUGACGACCAUGACCAGCAUGGCCUGCACGCCCACGUCCUCGUCGGCCCAUCUCCACCACCCAUCGGUUCUGACUUCGCACCACCACCAUCCACACCAUCAGUCGACACAAGGCCUGGAUGGCGACCUCCUGGAUCAUCUGACCCCCGGAAUCUCUUUGGGCGGCAUGCCGGGCUCCGACGUGUGCUCCAGUGGCACACACCACUCGCACAUGUCAGCCAUCAACCACAUGCAACACCACCACCCGCAGAGCAUGAACAUGCACCCGCAUAGCCUGGGCUCGCACAACUCGCUAAGCGGUGGUGGAGAUUCGGAGCCCGACCCCAGGGAGCUGGAGUCUUUCGCUGAGCGAUUCAAGCAGCGGCGAAUCAAGCUCGGAGUCACUCAGGCAGACGUUGGGUCAGCCUUGGCGAACCUUAAAAUCCCUGGGGUGGGUUGCCUGAGCCAGAGCACGAUUUGUCGGUUCGAGUCGCUCACCUUGUCGCAUAACAACAUGGUCGCCCUCAAGCCCAUCCUGGAAGCGUGGCUGGAGGAGGCUGAGCGAGCACAGCGGGAGAAAAUGGCAAAGCCAGAAAUCUUUAACGGAGGCGACAAAAAGAGAAAACGCACGUCCAUCGCUGCCCCCGAGAAGCGGUCGCUGGAGGCGUACUUCGCGGUGCAGCCCCGGCCCUCGUCCGAGAAGAUAGCGGCGAUAGCUGAGAAACUUGACCUGAAAAAGAAUGUCGUCCGGGUGUGGUUUUGCAAUCAGCGGCAAAAGCAGAAACGGAUGAAGUUCUCAGCCACUCACUAGGCCACCUCAUUUCAGACAAAUCAGACUCAAUAAUGUGGCUGGAGGCUAGAGGCUUCAUGCAAAUGCUGUGUUCUCACUUGAGGUCAGAUAUCCGCGUCCUGUUCGAGACGUGUGAAGGCCAAUGUUUUAUGAGUGAAUAAUCAUCAUUUCUACAUCAUCGCCAUCACUACAGAGAUGACAAGACCGUGCGUUCUGAAGUGAAACAGCAAGAACCCGACUGAUACAUGGCAAUCCCUACUGUACAAAAAAAAGGAAAAUCGAGGAGUGAUUAUUCUCUUAGGUCAAAUGAACUCUUUUAUAUUUAUCUAUGUAAAUAUUUGUAAAUAUAAUGCACCGCUGUGCGCGAAGAGCAUUUCAAUUUUGUUCCUUUUUAAAACAAAUGUGCAGAAAAUACCGAAGCUUAAAAAAAUCUCAAUGUUACUGUAUGUGUUUCAGAAGAAAGUUUCGCUCUCGUUGACAAGGGGGCCCAACAGUAUUCCAUUGCACGGUUUCUCGUAUAGGGCGUUAUGUGUGCGUUUUCUAGUUUAAAAAAUAAGAUGUUUCUCAAUUUGAAUGCAUUGCAAUAAGAGAACAUACACAAGCAAACGCACGUACACAAGGAUAAUACACACAGUAUAUUUUCUGUGUCUACCUCAUCACAUUCGUCGUGGCACAUUAUUGGUUAUUUUUUUGAGCUAGGGAAAAUAGGAGUGUUUUCUGUUUUAUCACCGUCAUGUUCGAAUUAGACAACAGAUAUGUAAAUGUUGUGUGUCUCAACGAAUUUCACUGCAACUAUGCUUUGACAAUCAAAUUAAUUAGAAGAAAAACGUUGUAAGAAUUCCCCAUGUUCUCACUUAGUAACGAUCAUGUUUGGUUGCUUAUUAUUAUUAUUAUUAUUAUUAUUAUUAUUAUUAUUGGAUAUUUAUUUUAAUUACAGAAAAAUAUUCGGUGCACUUUGUAGAUAUUGUUGAGAAGAGAUUGUGUCAGCCUAUUUAUGAUUAAUUUAAUUUAGUUUCUAUUUUUGCUUAUUUAUUUGAUCCAACCUUAUUUUUAAUGCAACGUAUAUUUCAUUUGUGACAGUGUGCAUAUGUGUCUGUGUAAGCGACAGAAACUAAAAAUAAAGCCUGCACGUUUUA